GAAUCGAUUGGAUGAAGGAAGCUUUUGGUGUUGGAAAACACUACUGUAGGUUUGAUCCUGAAAUGCCCAAAGAAAUACCAUCCAGAGAUUCCGGCGUUGAUGGGUACGCCGGUGACCCACCUCUCACAAACCGUGGAUUUCGAAUGGCAAUCAAUGCAGGUGUGAUGCUUUUAACAGAAUCUGCUUUCCCUCUUUUACCAUUUUUGUUUUGCUCGCUGCUGAAAUACCAAGAAUACCAGGACUUCUUGACCUCGUUUGUUUCAGGCGUUUUGUUAAAAGAGCGUAACAUCACGGUAGAUUUCCUGUAUGUAUCACCGGCUCUUCGUUGUAUUCAAACUGCUCAGGGCAUUUUGAAAGGCUUAGGCAACUCGGAAUUAGAACUGCUCGUGGAGCCAGGAUUGUUUCAGUGGAUGCGCUGGUGUAAAAAUCGUAUGCCUGAAUUUCUAAGUAUCAAUGAAUUGGUGAAGGCUGAUUUUCCUGUUAGCACAACAUACAAGCCUUUGUAUAAUGCGCAAAAUUAUGAUUUACAUGAGACACUGGAGGAAUAUUUUCAACGAUCCUAUGCCCUCAUUAAAAAUAUUUUGGCGCGACAUUCUGAAGGAACUAUUUUAUGUGUUGCACAUGCUGGUUCAUUGAGUACUUUAAGCCAGCAACUUUGUGGAAAAGAACCACUCAUUGCGGACGAUUUUUCUCGCUUUUUAAGAGGAAUUUCAUAUCUGAGUUGUGAAGAGGUUCAGGAACAAGACAAUCGUUCAUGGGAAAGUGCUGGUUCACCUAUUCCAAAAUUAUCCACUUCCGGACUUGAUCGCUGCUAGGA